AAGAAACUACCCACUCGCCGUGCCAGAACAUUUCCAACUCCAUCCUUGCAAGUCCCAGAGCGUGAGGUAAUCGUUGCUGUUUCUUGACACAGUCCCAAGGACCACUACGCUGUAACCUCACCGAAGUCCAUAAUCUAUCUUCGGGUCCAGUGUUGUGUAUUGUUCACAACAAACAACGACGCAACGAUGAGUUACUUGAUUUCGAAAGCGAUGGACGGUGUGAACCGCGUCAUCUUUGGUGCCGAAGCCAAAGUGCUCAAGAUGGCCUUUUACGACUGCUUUGACCGCGACAUGCUGGGCAAGGAAGUUCCCAUGUCCAACUCGUACAAGGGCGACGUUGUCAUGGUGGUCAACGUUGCCUCGAAAUGAGGUUUGACCAAGAAAAACUAUAUCCAACUCGCCAGCAUGGCAGACAAGUACAAGGGAAAAGGCCUGCGAAUUCUGGCAUUUCCCUGCAAUCAAUUUGGAGGACAAGAGCCGGGAACGCACCAAGAGAUUAUCGAGUUUACCAAAACAUUCGAUCCGGACAUGCCAGAGAAACUGGAAUUCUUUGAAAAGGGGGAUGUCAAUGGAGCCAACACAAGAGAAGUCUUUGGCUUCCUGAAACAUACACUGCCCAACGAUGAUGGAACCACUGGCAUUCGAUGGAAUUUUGCCAAGUUUCUGGUGGAUCAUGAAGGAAAGCCUUACAAGAGAUUUAGCCCGCAGAUUGCCCCCAACGAUAUGGUAGUGGACAUUGACGAACUGCUCAAUAAGAGAUCUUCGCCAAACUAACUAAGCAACAACGGGACAACAAUAUGCGCCUUGUUGUGGAUGAAUGAAUGAAUGAAUGAAUCAGCCA